UCCCCAUCUGCCUUUCACCCAACUUCUUCUGUCAUCUACUUGACCGUGCGGAGAGGAAUGGACGCCGCCUCCGAGAGUACGCGCACGAUGUCCACCGAACCCGCCGAUGCGCAAACCCUGUCAUCCAUCGAGGAUGUCUCUCAUCCAUCCAUCCCUGCCGAACUCCAGAUCCAGAUCUUCGCUUUCGCCUGUACGGACAGCGACAUCAACGUGACCGACAUCCUGAGGUUCACACGCGUCUGUCGCUCCUGGCGCCAUGUCAUCUACAAUGCCCCAGAGUUCUGGACGAGGCUUCGCCUGGACUGGGAGCAGUACUGCAAGGGGGCCCGAGCCGAUGUCGUUCUCGGAAAGGCGUCUCCAGUUCAGGAGUGGAUUGCACGCGCCGGAUCACAUGCGUUGGCGAUCGACAUCCACAACCCCUACCUGGUGUAUAACUCCGAGAACCCAGCAGUCGAGCUCCUUCGAGACCCCCUUGUAUUUCCCAUGCAUCGACUGCGCGAACUCUCCAUCUCGCUCAACAUGGUUCAGCGGUUGCCCGAAUCCAUCGUGUACGGCUCGCAAGUGCUCUUUCCAUCUCUCGAGGUCCUCCAGCUAGACGAGCCUGUCCGUGAAUCGGUGAUAUGGGGCUCCUUCGGUCGCUAUCCCAGAACGCGUACCAGAGCAGUCCAGAUGUUCCGACACUCUCCCCUCCUGCGCACGGUCGUGCUUGACGUGGCCCCAGCUCGGAUGUCCACCACACUCAAUCAAAGGCUGUCCCUGCCGUGGCAAUCGCUUCAGCGACUGGAGCUAUGCCUCGAUCAUUCUUCUCAUGCUGGUUGGACUCUAGAGGCAUGCACCUCUGUGACCAACGUAAAGCUCAAGCUCUCUCAGCUGCGCAACAACCCCACCCUCGACGACGAUGAGCCUCCCACCUGUACUUUACCCUCUGUUCGAACCUUCACACUGGAUGCGCAUAGCGCAUUUCCGACGGACUUUCUGCGAAUGGUUGCCAUGCCCAACCUAGCCAGCUUCGCCCUCAUCGCUCAUUACUCGAACAUGAAGCGCAUUGAAAGGUGGCCUAAUGGCACUUGGGCAUUGACGAGGUUCAUCGGUCGCGCACCCCUCAUCCGCAGCCUUGUCUUGCGCCAAUCCGGAUUUGAGAACGAGGGCGGGCUGUAUGCAUCACAGCAUCUACCUCUCCUGGAGGAAAUAACUCUCAAAUGGCGAGCGACAGAGUGUCCUUCAUGGCGUAUCACAGACGAACUCUGUCAUUCCGGAAGCUGCCCUAAUCUCCGACGCAUAAUUCUCCACGGGGUGCAACCGAUGGACGCAGAACACAACCAGGGCCUAGCUUUGUUCCUGGCGGGGAUUCCAGCACUGGUUCAGGCUCGGCUCGCUUUGGCGAUGGUUCGCCUCCAGCAUGUCGAGGUAAGCAUACGUAACUGCAGCGUUGAGGAUGUGAAGAAAUUGAAUUGGUGUAAGGAGCUUAUGGCUCUGGCGAACGAUAAAUUGCGCAUAGAUAUUGUCCAAUUGGAGCCAGAGGCCGCCAACUACGGUGAAGUGCCGGGUGGGUUAAAGAACCUGACACCGGCUUUCGAAGCCGGCGUCUUUUGACGAGGAUAUAGAGCACGUAACGAUUCAUUGUACAAUCCAUAUAGCACUGGCAAGUCGCCACAUUCGUCCUUCAAUCGUGACUUCGGACGCUCUCCAACCACUCCUUGUCUUUUGGUGCUAAAUUGCGUUCAAAAGGGAUCAGUAUCUCGGCAGCUUCGGUCCUAAACGACUCCUUGAUCAGCUCAGCACGCGCGGGACUCCGGCAACGGAUGUCGCAUUUGAAAGGCGUGGGUCCAACGGCGAGGCCAUCACCAUUCGAAUGUACGUCGAGUUCAAUGGGCUUCCCUGUAGCCUCGUCUAUGGCAGGUCGAAACUCAAAAGCCCAAAUGAGCUUCAUAG